AUGGCUGCUGAGCGGAGCUUGUGGGUCGUCGGGCUCUGCCCUGGGUCCUGGUUGGGUAGGGUCGUUCAGGUCCUCCUCCUACUGCUGUGGCUUGCGGCCCGCGGAGGCGCGCUGCACUUCCACAUUGGGGAGAUGGAAAAAAAGUGCUUUAUUGAGGAGAUUCCGGACGAGACCAUGGUUAUAGGGAACUACCGGAUGCAGCUGUAUGACAAGCAGCGAGAGGAGUACCAGCCGGCCACCCCUGGGCUUGGCAUAUUCGUGGAGGUUAAAGACCCAGAGGAUAAAGUUAUCCUGGCCCGGCAGUAUGGCUCUGAAGCCAGAUUCACCUUCACCUCCCAGACCCCUGGCGAGCAUCAGAUCUGUCUUCACUCUAAUUCCACCAAGUUCUCUCUCUUUGCUGGAGGCAUGCUGAGAGUUCACCUGGACAUCCAGGUAGGUGAACAUGCCAACGACUAUGCAGAAAUUGCUGCCAAAGACACGUUGAGUGAGCUGCAGCUACGAGUGCGACAGCUGGUCGAGCAAGUGGAGCAGAUCCAGAAAGAGCAGAACUACCAGCGGUGCCGAGAGGAACGCUUCCAGCAGACCAGCGAGAGCACCAUCCAAAGGGGGCUGUGGUGGUCCAUCCUGCAGACCCUCAUCCUUGUAGCCAUCGGUGUCUGGCAGAUGAGACACUGCCAAGAGUUUCUUUGA